AUGGUACUAUCCAAAGAGGAUGCUGCUGCAAAGGUAAAGAGCCUCAUGAAUCGAGGAGCAGGCGACGAUCUUGCAACUGGACCGAUGCCUGGUGCGCGUGCGGAAUCUCGUGGAUCUGCAGCCAAUACCAAAGACUCCAAAACUUCUGGAAAGGAAAAUACCAGCAAGAAAGUGGAAGAUGAGUCCAAGGUGCCGGACAGUGCCGAUGAUGUUGACCAUACGGCUGUGGUAGAACCAUUCCAAGCACGAAAGAAAAAUCGAUCUAGCAACAGAAGAAGUCAACAAGA